CCUUGAUGAAGGGGCGCUCAGAAUUUAAAUGCCACAGCCAGGGUGAUCCAUCACCAGGAAGGAACAGGGCAACUUUGGCAGCCGCAGCAAUCAUUGGCUGCCGCCCUCACGUGGUCACCGCCUCACUGUACAUUCAUAUCAUUUUUCUUCUGGCCCCCAUGGAGGAAGUGAGAAAGUUGGCACGGUCACCCAGGACUUCGAAGAGCCGGUCAAUCGGUGAUAGAUGGACACGGCAAGGAUGAAUUCCUUCCUUGAUUAUCCGCCCAUCCUCAACGGCGAGCCCACCACUUGCGCCUCCCGUGCCUAUCACCGCCACCACCACCACCAUCACCCCGACCAUGGGAUUACAACCACUUUUCAGUCGUGUGCUGUCAGCGCCAACAGCUGCAACGGGGACGAUCGCUUUCUAGUGGGCAGGGGAGUUCAGAUAAGCCCCCAUCCCCACCACCACCAGGCUGGUACCGCCUACCAACAUCACCCCAAUUUGGGGAUGUCCUUCUCGCACCCCAGUUGCGGGUCCGGCUAUGGCGCGCAAAACUUCACUGCCGGAGGCUAUGGCCAUUACCCACUCAGUCAAGAGGCGGAAAUCAGCGGGGGCUACUCCCCGUGCGCUCCUACUCUCUACUCGGGAAAUGUCUCUUCCUCCAUGGUCCAGCAUCCCCAGAGUUAUGGUGGGGGCACAACCAGUUCUACUCAAUACAUUCAUCCCUCUUUCGGAGAGGAGCAGCAGAAUUUAACCCUCACUAAUUUCAGCCACCCCUUGUCUCCUCUCCACUCUGCCCAUCCAGAAAGCUGCACUUCUCCUUCUUCGGAAGUUUCUCCACCAGCCCAGACUUUCGACUGGAUGAAAGUGAAGAGAAACCCUCCUAAAACAGGAAAAGCUGGAGAGUAUGGUUAUGUGGGUCAACCCAACACAGUUCGCACCAAUUUCACCACCAAACAGUUGACGGAACUGGAGAAAGAAUUCCACUUCAACAAAUAUCUUACCAGAGCACGCAGGGUAGAGAUAGCAGCCUCUUUGCAACUCAAUGAAACCCAGGUCAAGAUCUGGUUCCAGAACCGCAGGAUGAAGCAGAAGAAGAGGGAGAAAGAGGGCUUGCUGCCCAUAUCUCCAGUCACUCCAACCGGAAGUGAAGAAAAGGCAGAGGACUCCUCUGAAAAGUCCAGCUCAUCCCCAUGUACCCCCUCUCCUACUUCUUCUACCUCAGAUACACUGACUACCUCAAACUGAGCUCUACAAUUAUUCAUUCUUCAUUUCCUGGCCCCCUAUGUUCAGCCCUAGAGUACUUGAUAAUGUUCCAGCUCUACUUUUUUAAAGACUGAAGGGGACCCUCCUCUACCCCAUCCUUCUCUUGUCAUGUUGGGUUCCAGAUCAAAUCUUUUCUUACUACAUCCCUCAAACAAUUGACAUCCCAUACUGAAACUUGUUGGAAGCAAAUCUCACUGAUUUUCCCUUCUUCCAAAUUGGUGGGCAUAAUCGAAGACUACUGAGUUAGGGGUUGGAGAAAUAAUAGAAAAGGAGUUUGUGGCAUAAUAUCACUGAGAUUUAGCUAAAAGAUCAUUUUGGCUGGAAUAGGCCCCAAUAGUUCAGGAUCACAGUCUUAUUUCAAGAUUGAGGGUUUUUUCUCCUCAGUGCUAAGUACAAGGAUUUAUUUAGGUGUCUCCCAUCUCUAGACUAUUUGUGAGAAAAGUCAAAAAGUGAUUACCACAAUGAUAAAUAUUGAUAGACUAGAAUGAAGUUGCCAAAGAACAUUUAUGUAGGGUUUCCUCCAUGGCAGAGACAAAGAGGUUCGCAGUUCCAAAAAGAGAUGCACUAUUGAAAGCGUUUACAUGAUUUCUAAAAAGUUCAUGCAUUAAUUUAAUGUACCUGGGGUUUUUUUGUAUGUGUGUGUAUGAGUUGUUGGUUGUAAAUAUUUUGUUUAAGAGCUCUAUCUUUUUACAGAUUUUCUAGAAAUGUUUAGAUUGAUUAUAAAUUUAAAACAGGGUGGUUACGUUCUCAAAACUCGAUUCGAUUUUAUAGCAAAAAGUGAAUUUGUCAGGAUCAAAGAUGUGUUCAAGUCAAUCAGAUACCUCAAAAAAGAAAUCAUAGACUAAUAUUCUUCCUUCAAAAGAGUUAGAUAAAAAUGUUGAAAUUGCACUAGAUUUUUAAAAAAGAAACCUUGCUUAUUAAGGUCUGCCCACUAUUUUCUUUCCCAAAAUCUCUAUGGAAUUAUUCUUGACCCAAAACUUAUGCAGAAAAUGGAGAGACCAGACCUGCUCCCGAUUUUCCAUUUAUCCUUCCUUAGAUUUUUCAGCUGAACUUCUGAAUGUGGUAAUUGGCCCAAACGAAUGUAUAGUUCAUGUGAUUUGUGUACGGAACUUUGCAUGAUGCACAAAGUUUUGGUGUACUAAGUUAACACUGAGUUUUAUCAGUUGUCUUUUGUGAUUGAGUACUUCUGAUAUUUUCUGUACAAUCAUUCAAGGUUCUGAGAUUCUGUCUGGGGAGUGGGGGGAAGAGAAUGGAAUCCAGAGCAGGAUUUUACGGGUCCUAAAAUCUCUGUAAUAAAUAUACUCCUAUAGCAGG